AUGUCCCAUCUGCCGCCAGCCUCCGAUUCACAUUCCACCCCUCCAGAGCUCUCUGCAUUACAGGAGCACUAUAAGGUCGGCCUGCCGGUAGCAGUGGUUCUGUGCAGGGACUCUGCGCUGUGGACCUUUGAUCUCCCGCCCAAAUACGGAUGCGUUUUGCUCGGAUUCUUCAACAUCACACGGAUGGGAUACACGCACAUGGACUCUAAUUCGCUGCGCUGUCGCAUACGGCUGGAGUGGACUCCUGGCGGAGACAGUCCUGACCCGACUAUGCAACCGCCGCUCACACCUUGGUGGGUUGCGCCUGACGGCUCUGCGACGGACAGAGUCGACUCAGAGAUGGUCUUACACCCCUAUUCCUUCCUCCCACUCCAUAUACUCGCGGUGUCUGCGUUCUCGGACAAGGACCGUGCCAUAGGCGUCUCGGAGGCCACGUCUGCCGAGGGUUGGCAUUGCCAGAGUUGCGGAAAGCUGAACAACGGACUCCCUCCUAUACGAGUUGAUUAUGUGCGGAACCCGCAUCUGAUGGCGCCGAGCAGUCGGCCGUGGGACAAGACCUAUGGUAAUGUUGCGUCGGCUUGCAAGAGGCUGUCCGAUGGAUCGUGUACACAAAUUUACACGAUAGAUAGCAGAGCUAUUGUCAAACACAUCUAUACGUGCAAUCGACCAGAAGUGCAGCGGGGGUCCUCUCGCCUCUUCACGGCCAUCCAAAGAGAUACGGAAUUGGUGCAACGCAAGGCGAGCGGGUCGCUGGUCGCAGGGUCUCAUUACAUCGCCGUCUUCGGCGAUAGUACGACGUUUAACAGCCCGUGCACACCGUGGUCGGGCGUCCCGUCAUCUGUCACUGAGGCAAGAGAGAUGUUCCAGGAACGAUGCCGUACUGCUGGCGACUGGCCGUCCUUUGUCAUCGACAAGAUGGUCAUCACGGCGUGGAUGGACGCAGGUUCGAAGAAGGGGUGUCUGAUGCCUGCGAAGGGCGUACGGAUGGCGAUGUACUGCCUUGGGGCAGACAUGGAAAUAUCUAUCUACCCUAAGUCGCUCGCCAGCGAAGGGAAGACCAUGAGCGUCCAGAUGAUCAAGACCGAUUUGAACACGUCAAUCACCCUUGAUGACGAGGCAGACGGCGGAGACUCGCGGGUGGUGUACCAAAGCAUGCAGAUCAAGGACGAAGAAGACACGCUUCGGCCGGACUUGGACUCGAUGGUGGUGGAUGAUCCGGAACCACAACGUGCGAGCGUCUCCGGCCGUCGCGCAACGCAAAAGAAAGGGGCUAUCAAGGAGCCCUUGUUUGUCACUCUCGUGCAUGGAGACAUGUUGCUUUUCGAGAGCGACGACUUCGAGUAUACCCUGAAACGGACCGGGAUGAGUAUUGGUACGCCUCCUCCCGAGACAGAUGAAGAUCCACCACUGAUGAUGGUUCAUGCAGUAUUGACUGCCACGGACGCUGGGCAAGGAGCUCCAGCAGUCUGA